AACCGCAAAGCGUGCAUCUUUUCCCCAGCAACGGGAAACAUGGCGGACGAAAAGAAAGAAAGUUACCGAACUAAACGAGUUUUCGUCAACAAUAUUGAACAAUAUUCAUCUAAAUGUAUCGCAAAGUUUCUGUCAACCUGCAUAGUUGGCGGCUCCUUGGAGGAGGCAGAAGAGGAUGGUCCCCCUGCGGAUGAGCUUACACUGCAAGAUGGGACUUUUCAAAUUGUUGGAACUAUCUCUAACAAAGACGGGGAAAACCCCAGUUUUGCAUUAGAAUGUUAUACAUCACAGAACCGAGAUCAGCUCCUGCCAAGGCUAUUGGAAUGUGAUGUGGUGGUUUACAAUAUCUCUGAAAAUGCAACAGCAGAGCUGAUAGAUGAGGCAACUUGGGCCAUUUCAGCUCUUCACUCAGAUAUUGAGAGUUUUGCGUCUCAGAAGGUAUUCAUUUUGAUAUCGUCAGUCAUGACCUGGGCAAUGAGCAAGCCAGCCGAUCCUAAUGACCCAGAGAUUCCUCUGACAGAGGACGACUACAGGAGGAAAAGACAUCAUCCUAACUUCAAGGAGCACGCCAACGCAGAGAAAACGGUGCUCAAGCUGGGCAAAACUAAAAAGUCCAAGCUGUCCAGUUAUGUUGUGGCAGCAGGUGUUCAGUAUGGAAUGGGGGAAAACCUCCUCCACUACUUCUUCAAGGCGUCUUGGUUGGGGGAGAUUGCAAGAGUUCCUGUUUUUGGGCCUGGCACAAAUGUUAUCCCUACCAUUCAUGUCAACGACCUUGCAGGGGUUAUUCAGAAUGUAAUCGACCACAAGCCAAAGAUACAUUAUUUCAUCGCUGUGGAUGAUUCCAAUAACACGUUUGAGGAUAUUGUGAAGAUAAUAAGCUUUGUGCUCGGUCCAGGGAAGAUCAAGAAAGUCCCCAAGGAGGAGGCCUACCUCACCAAUGCUCUGACGAACGCUGAUGUGGAUCACCUGAGUGUCAACCUGCGGAUAGAGCCAAUCUUUCUGAAGGAAACCUUCAACCUUCACUGGGUGUCGGAGGCUGGCAUCAUUGAUAACAUCAACGGCGUGGUGGAGGAAUACAAACUGUUGAGACUACUACUGCCCAUCAGAAUCUGUCUCUUGGGUCCUCCAGCGGUGGGGAAGAGCACUGUGGCAGAGACACUGUGUAAACAUUACAAACUGCACCACAUCAAGCUCCAAGAGGUCAUUGAUGAGAAGAUGCAACAUCUGGAGGAGGCUGUGAAUGGGGCUGAGCAGGAGGGAGAGAGUGAAGAGGCGGUCAGUAACGCUCAGGACCAACUGGACUCUCUGAAGGACAGCAUGGAGCAAAAUGAAGGUCGCCUGAGCGACAGGCUUGUUUACCGUAUCAUGCGUGAUAAGCUGAACUCCACGCCUUGCAGGAACCAUGGCUUCGUCCUCGACGGCUUCCCCAAGUCCUACGAUCAGGCCAAGGAGAUCUUCUAUGAUGAAGACAUGGAACCGGAUUAUCCCAGGUCCAAAAUGCCUGCCUACAACAAGAAGAUCAUUCCUGAGUUCAUUUUCUCCCUGGAGGCAUCUGAUGACUUCUUAAAGGAGCGGGUGCAGAACCUACCUGAGAGUGUGGCAGAGAAGAUGCGCUACUCUAAAGAUGAGUACCUUAGCCGGCUGAAGAUAUAUAGAAAAGCCAACGUGGAAGAUGAAACGGUUCUGAACUACUUUGACGAGCUGGAGAUUCACCCAGAGCACAUUGAGGUGAACAAUGCCGUCGACCCUGAAUAUGGUGCUGUGAUGGAGAAGAUCACCAGGCUGGUGGGGCAUCCAAGGAACUACGGACCCACCCCUGAGGAGAGAGAGGAGAUGGAGAGGAAGUCCGCAGAGGAGACAGCACAGCGCCUGGUACUGGAGACAGCAGACUGGAAGAGGAGGGAGGCUGAGACCGCUGCCAAGAUGGCCGCACAGCUAGAGGAGUGGAACCGUCACGUGACUGAGGUGAAGAGGCAGGAGCAUGAGCUGCUGGUGGCUCGCUCCGCCCCCUUGAGGAACUACCUAAUGAAUUACGUAAUGCCCUCUCUCACCGAGGGCAUGAUGGAGUGCUGCAAGGCCAAGCCAGACGACCCGGUAGACUUCCUGGCUGAAUAUCUCCUCCGGAACAAUUCACAAGAUUAGUGUGAUGUGGUUAACACCUUCCAAACGUCUGAGACCUUGUUCGACUGGAAUUAUAAAUGUUCUGCGUUGAUCAAGUCUGCCUUGUUUAUUUUCCCAACAAUAAAUAAUCAAAUCUAUUCCUCUAUUUGGAGGAAUUA